UCCGUUAACCCGUCUCUGACUGCAAAGCCCUAACAGAACCCUCGCCAUCUCUCUCUCUCUCUCUCUCUCUCUUUCUGAGCUUCGGAUUUCUCUUUCAUGGCGCGCUUUCCUCCCAUUCUUCUCACCAUUUGAAGUUUCUCCUUGCCGUUGCUUGUUGGCGCUGUCGGCGGACUUUGAGCAGCAGCCCAACUCAACUCCUUCAGCCCCUGCAGACGCUGGGUCAUUGCCCAGCUGAAGUGAAAGAGGUGAAAGUUCUCUCUUUAGGGUUUUUACGAUUUGUGCAUUUCAGGACUAAUCGGAGUGGAUUGAUCCGAUGGUCUGAGCAUGAGAGAGGCGCUUGCUAUUGCUUCAAUUUAGUUGGGGGAGUCAAUGCUUUGAUUCUGAGUAGACUUCCAUGGAACUCCCCAGUGUCAGUGGGGGCAGCUGCCUCCAUUGCCUGCGCUCUCUUCCUGCCCCAGCCAGUGUUAUGGAGCCAGGGGUUCCUUUUCCUACUCUUGAGUCGCCUGGCUAUUUUAUGCAGCCUUCCCCAGAGGAACUAGCUGCGAGGGAACGUAAGGAUCCCGGUUAUUUGAGUCGGGUUCGGGAUUUCACAGUCGGCAGAUUUGGUUAUGGAUGCGUAAAAUUCUCGGGGGAAACAGAUGUUAGAUGGUUGGAUUUGAAUCGGAUAGUGAAGUUUGGCAGAAAUGAAAUAGUUGUUUACGAAGACGAAAGUACCAAGCCUGUGGUUGGUCAGGGCCUCAACAAGGCGGCUGAAGUGACUUUGGUCUUACAGAUGCAAUUGGCGUAUUCCGGUGAUGGGCAAUUGAAUGAUGUGGUUGAUAAAUUGAGAGAGAUAACUGAAAGACAGGGGGCCACCUUUGUUCAAUACGAUCAAACUUAUGGUCUGUGGAAGUUCUCGGUGCAGCAUUUUAGCAGAUUUGGACUGAGUGACAGUGAUGAGGAAGAUAUCACCAUGGAUGCUAUACCUGCAGCACAACAUGCUCAGGAGAUGAAUGGGGGUGAGAUGUCUGAUAUUGAUGAAGAACCUCAGAUAAGCCCUGAUGGACCUGAGCUUGCUCAUUCUCUUCCUGCACAUCUCGGUCUCGACCCUGCGAGAAUGAGAGAGAUGAGAAUGUUGAUGUUCCCUGCGGAGGAAGAGUUGGAGUAUUAUGGCGAAAGACAUUCUCAGGAAAGGUCUGACUUUACGAAAGGAUAUGCAAGAUCUCCGUUGCAGAAUUCGGCUCAAAGGAGCCAAAAGUCUGGUUCAGCUUCUGUGAGAAAGACUUCGUUGGCUCUGCUUGAGUAUAAGCCUGGCGGUGUCGAAAGCAGCCCUCCUGGAACGAUACUCCUGUCCCAACACAACAAGGGCAUACCUUUGAAGGCAGCCAAGACUGAAGGUUUUAAUUUGGACGUCAGCUGUGAGACCCCAGUUAGUGGAUACCAUUCUCAUUGUGUAGUUGAUUCAGGCCUAUUUAUGGGUAGGUCAUUCCGGGUUGGGUGGGGACCAAAUGGCAUCCUUGUCCACUCGGGUGCAGCGGUAGGUAGCAGUGGUUCUAACAAGGCAUUAUCUUCUGUAAUAACUUUAGAGAAGGUUGCGAUUGAUAAAGCAGUUCGAGGUGAGAAUGAAAAAGUGAGGAAAGAGCUCAUUGAGCUGGCUUUUGAUGCUCCUUUGAACUUGCACCAGGCAAUAGAACAUGAAGCAAGAGAAGUUGAAGUUGGUUCCUCCAAGUUGAAGCUUCAGAGCCUGGUUGCUGAUCGUGUAAUCCUAUCAGAUAUAUGCCGAAACUAUGUGGAUAUUGUUGAGAGACAGCUGGAGGUUCCUGGUCUAUCAUCAUCUACUCGUUUGGUCUUGAUGCACCAAGUAAUGGUCUGGGAGUUGAUUAAAGUUCUUUUCUCAGAGAGGGAGCAUAACGGUCAGUCAAAAUCUGUGGGCGCUGACAAUGAGGAGGAUGUGAUGGAGGAUAUGAAAGAUGGUUCACCUGAAGUUGACCCUGAAGCACUCCCUCUUAUGCGAAGAGCUGAAUUCAGCUACUGGUUGCGAGAGUAUGUUUGUGACCGUGUACAGACUGAGGUCAGCUCGUUGAGUGAGUCCAAUUAUCUGGAACAAUUAUUCUCGCUUCUUACUGGGCGACAGCUUGACUCUGCAGUGGAACUAGCCGUAUCCAAAGGGGAUGUGAGGUUGGCUUGCCUACUGAGUCAGGCAGGUGGAUCCUCAGUAAACCGUUCUGAUAUCUCACGACAACUUGAUCUUUGGAGAAUCAAUGGCUUGGACUUCAAUUUCAUCGAGAAGGGUCGAAUAAAGAUCUAUGAAUUGCUUGCUGGUAACAUUGAUGGUGCCCUACGCGAUGUUAAAAUUGACUGGAAGAGAUUCCUUGGAUUACUAAUGUGGUAUCAACAACCACCUGACACAUCAUUGCCAGAAAUUUUUAAAACAUAUCAAUGUCAGCUCAAUGAUGGGAGGGCCCCAUAUCCUUUUCCGGUGUACAUCGAUGAAGGAUCCCCUAAAGAUGCUAUAGAUUGGAGUAUCAAGGAUCGGUUCGACUUCUCAUAUUAUCUUAUGCUCCUUCAUGCUAACCAAGGGGGCGACUUUGGCUUUCUGAAGAGAAUGUUUAGUUCCUUCUGUUCAACAAAUGAUCCACUUGACUGCCAUAUGAUCUGGCAUCAGCGUGCAUUGUUGGAAGCAGUUGGUGCCAUUAGCUCAAAUGAUCUUCAUGUUCUUGACAUGGGACUAAUUUCACAACUUCUAUGCUUAGGGCAGAUUCAUUGGGCAAUCUAUGUCGUCCUUCAUAUGCCUUAUCAUGGAGAUUGUCCAUAUCUGCAGGCUACAGUAGUGCGGGAAAUUCUGUUUCAAUAUUGUGAAUGCUGGAGCACAGAUGAUUCACAGCGGCAAUUCAUUGAGAACUUAGGAGUCCCAUCAGCUUGGCUACAUGAGGCAAUGGCCAUUUAUUACAAUUAUUAUGGAGAUGUCUGGAAGUCCUUGGAGCACUUUAUGGAAUGUUCCAAUUGGCAGAAAGCUCAUACCAUAUUUGUGACAUCAGUUGCCCACUCAUUGUUCUUGUCAGGAAAACAUUCUGACAUAUGGAGACUUGUGUCUUUGAUGGAGGAUUACAAGUCAGAAAUUGAGAACUGGGACUUAGGUGCAGGGAUUUACAUUUCAUUUUACUCGAUAAAAAGCUCUUUGCUCGACGAGGAAAGCAGUAUGGGUGAACCUGAAUCUCUUGAUCAGAAAAAUACUGUUUGUAAAGAUUUCCUUGGUCAAUUGAGCGAGUCGCUGGAAGUUUGGGGUGAUAGGCUACCACUUGAUGCCAGAGUUGCUUACUCGAAGAUGGCUGAAGAGAUAUCUAGCUUGCUCAUAGCGGACAUUUCUGACGGUCCGAACCGAGAUGUUCAAUUAAGCUGCUUCGACACUGUAUGCAGUGCUCCGAUCCCUGAAGACCUACGGUCGAGCCAUUUUCAGGAUGCAGUGUCAUUGUUUACAUGCUAUCUUUCGGAGUUGGCUUCAUAGAUUCAAUCUUUGGUGGUGAGCCCUAUCGUGAACUGUCCAUUGCCUGUCGCUUAAUUUCGGCUUGUACUGCUAUUACUUGUGAAUGUUGAGAUAUUUUUUCAUAAUUUUUUUUCCCUUUUAUAUAUUUCACGUUUGAAAGAUUGAGAAUCCUCAUACUUGGUACGGGAGAUCAAUUACAAUUAGGACUCUUUUCAAUCA